GCGGGGCGAUCGCGGGGCGGCGGCGGCGGCGGCGGGGCCGGGCCGGGCCCGGCGAGGCCGCGGGGCCAUGACCGAGUACAAGCUGGUGGUGGUGGGCGCCGGCGGCGUGGGCAAGAGCGCGCUGACCAUCCAGCUCAUCCAGAACCACUUCGUGGACGAGUACGACCCCACCAUCGAGGACUCGUACCGCAAGCAGGUGGUGAUCGAUGGCGAGACGUGCCUGCUGGACAUCCUGGACACGGCGGGGCAGGAGGAGUACAGCGCCAUGAGGGACCAGUACAUGAGGACAGGGGAGGGCUUCCUCUGCGUCUUCGCCAUCAACAACAGCAAAUCCUUCGCCGACAUCAACCUCUACAGAGAACAGAUCAAGAGAGUGAAGGACUCGGAUGACGUGCCCAUGGUGCUGGUGGGGAACAAGUGUGAUCUGCCCACAAGAACAGUGGACACAAAACAGGCCCAAGAAUUGGCAAAAAGCUACGGAAUCCCCUUCAUAGAGACCUCUGCAAAAACGAGACAGGGUGUGGAAGAUGCUUUUUACACCCUGGUGAGGGAGAUCCGGCAGUACCGGAUGAAGAAGCUCAACAGCAGCGAGGAUGGGAACCAGGGCUGCAUGGGACUGUCCUGCCUUGUCAUGUGAGAAGAUGCCAAGAAAACGUGGUUCAGGUGCAGCUGCUGGACGAGCCUCGAUCUCCUGUGCUGCCUCUCCUGCUGACCCCUGCAGUGUUGGGGUGCCAGGGACAGACUCUGGGCACCAGAGUUAAUUAGCACAAGGUUCUUCUCCGUGCUCCAUCUGAAGAGAACAUCCAUGGCAUCUACCUCCCUGCUCAGCUCACGGAGCAGCAGCACCUUGGGAUGUGCUGGGAUUCUUCUCUCACUGUUACCUGGGUUUGUUCCAGAAGAAAACCAGUCACAAAAGUGAACUAUAGAGACUAAAUGCUGUGAAAAAGAUGACACUUUACCUCUAGAGUAAAAGCUAGAAGUGCUGUGUGUCCCCUGUCUGUUGGAUUCCGUGCAGUGCUGUCAGAGGAGUGGCACAGUUGGUGUCACAGGGGGUUGUGCCACCUGGAGUGCCCCUGUCCCCUCUCAGCUGGGUGUCUGCUCUCUGUGCACCUGAACAGCAAAAGUGCAACAUCUCCAAGUGCCAGGAGUGCCACCUACCCGAUCCUCCAUUUCUGUAAUAAAAAGGAAAGCCUUUCCUAACUAA